UCCGCGAACGUAUCUUCAAUUGUCACCGUUCCAGAAAUACUAGAGGAUGCUCAAAGCAUUUUUGAAUUGAAAAAUGACUUAACAUUAUCAAGCUCACUUAGAGAUAUGAUCGAGCCUGCUAUUGAUGCUUAUCCAGAUUUAAAAUUGAGCGAUGAUGAACUUAAAAAUGUGCAGCGUACUAUUUUGGCGCGUCACAUAGAUUUAUCUCUUCAAUUUGAUCUUCCUCUCAACGUUCAUUCUCGUUCUGCAGGACACCAUACUUUGAAUUGUUUGCGAGAUUAUGGUGCAAGAAAAGUUGUAAUGCACGCAUUUGAUGGUCGAAUACAGUACGCAAACAAAGGUGUUGAAAUGGGACAAAAGUUGGCGGCUGCUAUUCCUUUAUCAAAUCUACUACUUGAAACUGACUCACCAGCUCUUGGACCUGAACAGGGCGUUGACAACGAGCCAGACAGCGUGGUAAUAAGUGCUAAAGAAAUAGCUAGAAUAAAAAAUAUAGAUGUUGCUGAUGUGGUAAUUGAUUAA